CACGACAUGACUGGAUCGAGAGCCACGGACCUUGGGGAUUGAUCUGGUUCGUAAUGGGAGGAAUGGUUGACCAAUUUCCUCUCUCGUCCAGUGCUGGCAGGCACAAUUGCGAACAAAUUUGGGACUCGGAAAAUGCAUGGUUGUCACCAUGUGCGCUGCCUUACGUGGUCAUCGCUCCCGCCAGCGUGAUUCUCUUCAUUGCAUGCCGCCAUCUAUUAGGCUCGAUCUUACGACGGUGGCAACCGCAAUGGUCUCUGCCGUUUAUUUCAGAGAAAGAUGAAUAUCAACGGUUUCCGCUGGAUGAUGUUAAACAAUCCCUCAGCUGGACUCUUGCGCUUCUCACGUUUACAGGCAUUGGCUUCUCUGCCGAGCUGGUCCAUUUCUUCCCUCCAAAUAUCAACUUUUCUGCUAUUACUCUCGUUGCAUCAUGGGCUACAGCAGCCGUGGUAAUCACGGUCAAACGACCGAGGUCGUGUUCAAUCCCCAUGCUGGUCUUUUUCAUUGCAUGCUUCAUGGUUGAGAUCAUAUUGGCCACGGCAUCCUUUGGAAAACCGCGACUCCAGGGGUUUGCUCGGUACACUGCCGCCUCUGCGGCUUUGAUGGCCUGUUUCACAAUUCUGCUGAUGCCAUUCCGGAAACCAUCACUUCCAGUGAUUGACAUCAGUGCCGUUGGUCAAACACCAUGCAGCGACUUUCGUAGUCCAGAGGAUAAUCUACGACUCUGGCAAUUCCUGACCGUAUCAUGGAUGUCACCCCUUAUUUCCCUCGGACGCCAGAGACAGCUCAAUGAGCCAGAUGUCUGGCUCCUGGGCUUCGAGUUCCAACACAGUCGCCUCCAUGAGAAGUUUCGUCGAAUCCGUGGAUCCGUCCUCCGCCGAGUAAUGCAAGCAAACGGACUUGAUGUCCUUAUUAUCUCUGUGAUUGCUGUGGUGCAAAUGAUUUGCACGUUCUCUACGCCUGUACUCCUACAGCAGCUCUUGCGGGCCAUGCAAGACCCAAUGAAACCGAAACGUGUGCCCCUGACUUAUGCUUUACUUGCGCUGGCGCUCCGUCUCGUAGCCGCACAGUCCCAAGUAUUGAAACUGUGGUAUGGAAGACGCUGUUAUGAGCGAUCCCGAGGUGAGAUGGUGAUGAUGGUUUAUGAAAAGGCACUCUCACGCAAAAACAUACUGGGUACGCACAUCGAGAACGGACAGAAGCAGCCGAGCGGAGAAGAGCCCAUCAAUGGCAACACGUCGAUCCCCGAAAUCGAUACUCUGCCCCCUACCAAGCCAGGUAUAUGGAGCCGAUUGUGCUCUUUGAAAGGUAAACCGCAGCCGAAUGAAGCCAAAGAGGCUGCCACACUGGGUAAAAUUUUCAAUCUUCUUCGGGGCGACGUCUACGAAGUGGCACAGCGAUUUUGGGAGAUUGAUGUGCUUAUCGACAAGCCCCUGGGCUUGAUCGUCGCCGUUGUCUUCGUAUGGACCCUCUUUGGACCAUCCUGUUUCUUGGGUAUACUGGCAGUUCUGGUUGCCCAAGGCUUAAACGCCGUCAUCACUCGAUUCCUCCUUCGACGAGAAAGACUCACACGAGCUGCCACGGAUGCUCGCUUGCAGAUCACAUCACAAUUUGUGGAAGCGAUUCGCCAUCUCAGGUGGUAUGGCUGGCAAGAUCACUGGCUUCACCGAGUUAUGGAAGCUCGUCAACAUGAGCUGAAUCGUCGAAUCGUCACCAAAUUAUACACCACCUCGAUCAAUUUCAUAAAUGCUUUUGCAAGCGGUGUCUUUCCAGUGGUUGCUCUAUACGCCUACACUAUGCUGGCUGGGCAUGAGUUACGUAUUGAUAUAAUCUUCCCUGCUUUGCAACUUUUCACCAUGCUAGAGACACGUUUGCGUGAAAUUCCCGGUCUGAUCACUGCACUGAUCAAUGCCUACAUUGCGCUCGGGCGUAUUGAGGACUUUAUGGCCGAACCGAAUAAGCAGCAAAUUGACGCCAAUCACCGUCCAGACGACGUACCUUUCCAACUUGAUUCAUGUUCGUUUGCAUGGCCCGGCAAGAUAUCCCCCGUACUGAGAGACAUCAGUGUUACCAUCCCGAGAGGUCUCACCGUUGUGAGUGGAAAGGUUGGAGCCGGAAAGACAGCUUUCCUGCAAGCUCUUCUCGGGGAACUUGAUCGACUAAGUGGCUCUUCCAGCCUUCCCAACGAAACGAUCGGAUACUGCGCACAGACGCCGUGGCUUCAGAGCAUGAGCAUUCGUGACAAUAUUCUCUUUUCCGCACCAUACGAGGACCAGCGUUACAAGCGGACUCUAGACGCUUGUGCUCUACUCCCAGAUCUGUCCCAGUUUAAGCAUGGCGACUUGACCUUUAUUGGAGAAAAUGGUGUUGGUCUCUCCGGAGGGCAGAAGGCACGAGUGGCUCUCGCCCGGGCGGUAUAUAGUGCUUCCCGUGUGCUGCUUUUGGACGACCCACUGUCAGCGUUGGAUCACAAUACGGCCGAGUUUGUGGUUCGCAAGUGCCUCUUAGGGCCGUUGAUGCAGAACCGCACCAUUGUAUUGGUGACACAUCGCACUGCACUGGUGCGCGAUAUCGCUGAUCAAAUUGUGGAAAUUGACCAAAGCCGUGCCAUUGUCCAUAGCAAGGCUGUCAUAUCAGCAUCUACCAAACGAGACAGGCCUGGUCCUUUGUCAAGCUUUACCGACUCUGGAACGGAGACUGAGGAAACCAACGCGGAGGAGGAAGCAACUGCAAUUCCUGAUAAAUUCAUUGAAGAAGAGCACCGCGCAGAAUGGGGCAUCAAAGCCCGUGUCUACUGGAACUACAUCAGAGCGGGCAAGUAUCGAUGGUGGGCUAUCCUGGUCUUGGUACUCGCAAUCUACCGGCUCAUGGCUGUUGGACAAUCAUGGUUCCUCAAGGAGUGGGGUGAAGCCUACAGUCAGGUAUCUCUGCCGCAAAGUGGCAUGUCAGUCUGGCAGGUUCGGUCCGUUGAUACCUCAUUGGUCUCAAUCUUAGGCGUGGAUGCAUAUUUUACUCCUCAAUCCCCGAUCGACCAGCUCCCGCCUCCGUCUGAGAAUGUUCGCCCUUGGUUAUGGGUGUUCUUCGGCAUCAUUUGCUUCCAGGCUACCGCACUUUUGGUCGCUCAGCUAUUGAUGCUGACAAUUGUUUCCUGCGCGGGUCGGUCGCUCUUUCGCGAAGUAAUGGUGCGGGUCAGCUAUGCCUCAUUCCGUUUCUUCGAUGUGACUCCCGUGGGCCGGUUGAUGAAUCGCCUGACCUCAGACAUUGGCGUGGUGGAUGGCAACAUCAGCGAACAGUUCCAAACUAUUGCAUUCCAUGCAAUUACAUGGAUUUCUUCGAUCCUUGUCAUUGCUACGGCGACCCCAGCCUUCCUCGUCUUCUCUUUGAUCCUCACGUUGGCCUUCGUGCUCAUAUUCUUGCGAUUCCUACCAACGUCGCAAAGCCUCCGGCGGCUUGAGAUGGUUUCCUUGACGCCGCUGUUGUCCAAUUUUGGAGAAUUGCUCCACGGUCUGACCACGGUGCGCGCAUUCCGCGCAGAAGAACGCUUUCAAAACCGUGUCAUCUCCGUGGUUGACAAGUUUCAGGGCAUGGAUCAUUUCUAUUGGUCAUUACAGGCGUGGCUUAUGUAUCGCUUCGAAAGUCUCUCCGCACUGUCAACCUUUUGCCUGACUGUUCUAGCCCUGUUUACAAACACCACACCUGGUCUGGUGGCCUUUGUGCUCAUCGCUGCUAACAAUUUCGUCGACUCUACACAUGCCCUGUGCCAGCAAUACGGUCAAUUGCAGAUGGACUUCGUGUCAGUUGAGCGUAUUGACGAGCUUCUACAUAUCGAAGAAGAACCAAAGGGCACGAUCGAUCCUCCAGCUGCAUGGCCAACGUAUGGAAGCGACGUCACCUUUGAAAACGUAACCCUUCGAUACGCGCUGCACCUUGAUCCGGCUCUGAAAGAUGUCUCUCUUCGCAUUCCCGGCGGGUCUACUACCGCUGUCCUCGGCCGCACGGGUAGUGGCAAGUCUACACUAGCCGUUUCCCUUCUUAGUGUCGUUCGGCCGGAAACCGGCCGCAUCAUGAUCGACGGUAUCAACAUUGCCGAUGUGAAUACUCAGGCCCUCCGCACUCGAGUCACGUUCGUCGCCCAGGACCCCGUUCUCUUCCCAGGUAGCGUCCGUCUGAACCUCGAUCCCACGGAAGAGUUCUCCAAUCGACAGUGCGCGGACGUCUUGGAGCGACUCUGUGGCCGGCAUGGAUGGAACUUGGACACUCAUAUUGAAGCAGGGGGUAAAAAUCUCAGUCAAGGGCAACGCCAACUGAUCGCUCUCACGCGUGCCGUUCUUCGACGCAGUCCCGUUGUCAUUCUCGAUGAAGCCACUGCCUCGAUUGAUCAUGAGACUUCUCUUGAGAUCCAGCAGAUCAUUCGAGAGGAGUUGCACUUGUCGACUGUCAUCACGAUUGCGCACCGGGUCGAGGCUGUGAAGGACGCGGAUUGCUUUGUGGAGCUUGACCAGGGGAGGGUUUCGCGAUAUGGCAGUGUUCGAGACAUGUAGUAAGUGGAUGCGAUAUGACAAGAAGUGCAGGCCAAGGAAAAGAAGAUACAGCAACGAACGACGUCCCUUCAAGUACAGCACGGGUAGAAAGCGGUUGACCCGAUAUCGGGAAUUAGAUUUAGAUCUCGAACAUAUUUUAUUCCCAUCUAUUGAAUCGUGUCUGCGGCGCGUAGUCCCUUCAUUCUAUCUCACCACGCUGGUUAUACACUAUGAAGGAAAUGCACGGUCAUGUAACGUCAAGGCAUUACCCAAGGAACGGUUUCUUGUACAGAUGGUCAAAUAAAGGGUAUCUAAAUAUUUACAGCUUGGCUUUGCCCUGAGCCUUUUUGAGGAUGGGCUCCAUCUUGGUAGCCUUCAUAAUGUUGCCCUUGAUCUUGAGCUUGCCGCCCAUGAACAGGCGCUGGGCGUUGGCCUUGCCGGCCACGAGGGAGGCGAAGUCUGCGUCGGAGAGAGUAAGGGUG